UCAGAGCGUGGAAGCAUUACGAUGUUUGGCAAUAGCUAUUCGACAGUCUGUGACGAAAUUGAAAAAGCCGAUGCCACAGUCAACAGAAGGCCUCUUGCUUCUACCAUCAUUACGCAGGAAAUCCUUGAAGAGAGCAACAGCCAGAAGACUGGUAAAAGAAGCCAAGCAAGUAAAGCAAAAAGCAAAAAGUGAGCAAACAGUAAGUGAACUGCCACCACAAAAGAAACGUAAGACAAGUCAUAGCAAGAGAGUGGGGAUAAAGGCUGACCGCAUGAGACACGAAAACUCAACAAUGAAAGACCGGCAAGGAUGAAAACUGAAACUCACAGAUGCAGUCAACCCUCACACUAGAGAAACAGAAGCUAGAAUCAGCUGUAACGCCUCCAUUGACUUCAAUCAGAACGCAGCAAAUGUAGACUUUCAAUGCAACAGUAAAUCACUCCUCCCUGUCACACCUAUGUUGUGUGAACCAACCUUCCAGAGCAAAAGUAGAAGCAGUCUUGACUUUCUAAGACGGGCAUCCAGCAUACUAACAACUUCAACAUCUGAUUUACAAAAAGAGAAACAACUUCAACAAAUAGCUCAUUCCUAUGCCUACAGUCAGGCGAAGGCAGCACAACUGCCACUUGAGUCUGUAGAGACAAACACAAAUUCUGCAAACCAUGUAGAACACUUUGAUGAGCCAGAAACUGAUGGAGCAAAAAGAUUUGAAAUCAGACAACUACGAAGACAACUGGAUAAACAACAGAGUGACAUAGAAAAUUCAGCAAUGAAAUCGACGCAAUCUACAGUAAACUGCCAAGUGAUUAAUACUACACGUGAUCUAAUAGAUUGCACAAGACCAUCAACACAGCUAUCCUAUCUUUCAAAACCAAAGGAAGUGCUACAUCACCUGAUUAGCAACGCUGAUCGACCCAACCGUUGCAGACGGCCAAUUGUGUUUGACAUUAGAAGACGUCCAUCUGAUAGUCAGCAGCAAACAGUCAAAUGCCACACUAGCAUAAUCUAUGCAUCAAAGCAAUUCUAACACUUACAGAAUGAGACAUGACUUGGUCUUUAUUUGUUUAAUUGUUUGCUGUACUUGUGUGUUUAACUAGAGCAAGAUUCAAGGACUAGCCUAGUAGUGUUAUACUAUUCAAAUACA